AUGGUGAGAAACAAACCGAAGCACCGUGACGAUGGGAAUCGCGCGCAGAAUCCCAGGCACGGUACUGAUUCGCGACGCGCGUAUCCAUCGACAUCGAGCCCUCCAAGACGCUCGCAACGUCUGCAAAGUUUGAGGCCUGACAACGGCGGACGGGACGCUCGUGAUGAUGGCCAUCGCCAUUAUGCGCGCCGAAUUGAUGCGCAGGGCGCAGUCGACUCGUAUCGGCCUCAAGUACCCCAAAGCAACUUUACCUUUCGCUUUGACAAACCUGCCGGCAUCAAGGACCUGCCGCGGGAGCCCUCUCGCUUUGAUCACAGGAGUUCUCAAAGGGACCGUCGCGGCCCUGCUAGGAACUCGGGCCGGCGCUGGCAACCACCUCCCCAUCCCUCGGAGCGGGCUCUCAUAUCCGGCGCAACCCUCAAUCUUCCGGAAGAACGCUUGGACGAUGGAGAAGGCAAGGCAAAGUUUCGAGACCUGGAUGAGUUGUCGGAUGACGACGAGCUUGACAUGGACAUAUCCUCGGCAUCUGACUCUGAAGAGCCAUCCAGAAAGCGCGCGCGCACACAGAAAACCGGGCAAGAUGGAGAAACCCUCCCGAAAUGGUCCAACCCGGAUCCCUACACUGCCCUACCCUGUCCCGAUGAAUCGACGCAAAAGAAACGGGAUGUAGUGAAGCUUAUCCGAAAAGCAAGGUUGGAGGCCAUAGCCAAGCCGACCGCUCCCGCUGAAGCCGAAGACUUUAUAUCGUUUGACCUCACAGACGAUGAGCAGGACGAUAAAGAGUCACAAGAGGACAUUCUACCCCCACCUCCAACUGAACCGCCGCCACCACCACCUCCUCAUGCUCCGCCCUCCAGACCUGCCGCUCCGUCAGUCAGUCGGGGUGUGUUUGGGUACAGCAGGGAGAUUGGCCUUUCUGCGGCUGACCAAACGGGGCCACUCGGAUCUCGAAAACGAACGGCUGAUGACGAGAUAAAACCACCGGAUUAUGGAGAGUUGAAAAAAGCCACGACGAGACCGUCCAAAGGAAGCAUUACAUCUGCCUGGCUACCCAAAGCGAACGAGGAUCCUUGCCCUUGGCAAAUCGAAGACCACUCAUCUACUCAUAACAUGGCUUUCCGCUUGCAUAAAGAAAUUAUGGACUUUUACGAAUACGUUCGACCACGCGACUUUGAGCAACGCAUUCGGGACAACCUCGUCGAAAAUCUGCGGAAAGCCAUGAGGCGGGAAGGUCGUGACUUUGCCUCUGCACAGGUUCAUCCCUUCGGCUCCUUCAUGUCUGGCCUUUACCUCCCAACGGCGGACAUGGACCUCGUGGUCUGCUCAGCGAGCUACAUGCGUGGCGGGCCACCAACAUACCUCAGUGCCAAGAGCUGGCUGUACAAGUUUAAGAAAUUCCUGAUGAUGCAGCACGUCGCCGAGAGCUCCUCGAUUUCAGUCAUUGCCCAUGCUCGGAUACCGCUGGUCAAGUUUGUGGACAAGCUCACCGGGCUCAAGGUGGAUGUAUCUUUCGAGAACCUUGGUGGCGUGACGGCCAUUGAUACGUUCCUGUCCUGGAAAAAGCUUUAUCCAUCCAUGCCCAUCCUCGUUACCGUCAUCAAACACUUUCUGCUGAUGCGUGGCUUGAAUGAACCGGUCAAUGGAGGUAUUGGCGGCUUCUCUGUCAUAUGCUUAGUAAUUAGCAUGCUUCAACUGAUGCCUCAUGUUCAGAGCCGGAGCCUGAUUCCGGAGCACCAUCUGGGUGAAAUGCUACUAGAAUUCUUUGAGCUUUACGGACGGCAGUUUGAAUACGAAACAAACGCUAUUUCGCUCGCUCGACCGACGGGGUAUAUUAGAAAGUCCGAGAUUGCAUCGUUGACGUACAAGAAUAGAGAUCGCUUGUCUAUUAUUGACCCUAAUAACUGCUCCAAUGAUAUCUCUGGAGGGUCAUCCAACACUAGCGCAAUCAUGGCGCGAUUCCAAGAAGCCUACUACGCGUUGCGCGACCGGAUGAAGGAGGUUGCCUUGAACCCGGGGGCCGGCGGCAUUCUCGACCCGAUCUUGAGAGGAGACUACUCGUCUUUUCGACUCCAGAGAGACUAUAUAAGGCAUAUACACGAACAAACCAUUGGCCCCUGCACAGGCUGA